UCAAUAAAUCUCAUUCUUUGUGUGGAAAUACACUCCCAAUUAAGCAUCUCCUUUUCUAUAUUUUAAUGGAUUCUGCAUCUUUCUUUCCCAAUAUUAUUGCUGCUAUUUCAGUCAUCCUCUUGCUUUCCAACACAGCAUGUGAAGCUCAGCUUUCUACUACAUUUUAUGGCAAUUCAUGCCCAAAUGCACUCGCCACAGUCCGCACAUCCAUCCGACAAGCAGUAUCCCGGGAGCGCCGGAUGGCUGCGUCUAUCAUUCGCCUCCAUUUUCAUGAUUGCUUUGUUCAGGGCUGUGAUGCAUCAAUCCUACUUGACGAAACCCCAUCUAUACAAACAGAGAAGACUGCAUCUCCAAACAAUAAUUCUGCAAGAGGUUAUGGAGUGAUUGAAACUGCCAAGAGGGAGGUUGAGAAAAUAUGUCCAGGAGUUGUUUCCUGCGCAGAUAUACUCGCAGUAGCAGCCCGGGAUGCCUCAGCUGCUGUUGGUGGUCCGUCAUGGAAUGUGAAACUUGGGAGAAGGGAUUCUACAACUGCAAGUCAUUCUUUAGCCAACGCUAUUGGAAGUUGACAAGGCUGCUAACAAAGCAGCUGAAUUGGAAAGACAUGAAGGAUCUGGUUGAAGAAUCAGCAGUACAAUCAGCAAUUGAACAAUUGGCAGCCAGCUUGCAAUAACAGAAUGAGAAUUCUCUAGAAGAAGGAAGAGGAAUUUUUGUGUUAGUUAGGGAAUUUGUUGAGAGAACGUGUUUGUAAAUUAUUCCUUCUAGAAUAGCCUAUUUUUGUGUAUAUAUACUGUGAUAUUCUGUACAUUUUAGCAAGCAGAAAAAUCAAUACAAUUCUUUACUUCAUUUC